AUGAUCGGAACGUCGGCCGCCGAGUUGGUCCUCAUCCGCGUCUCCAUCGUCUUCUUCCGCUACGAGCCGCUCGUCUACGCCGCCGCCCUCGCCGCCCUCGGCACUCUCUUCCGGGACUCGCCAUGGCGCGCUCAUGCAUCCACCGCGCUGACCGCCCUUCUCGCCGCCGAGACCGUCUUUUACCUGGCCGUCCAGGCCCCCUACGCGCGCCGCUUGACGCGCGCCGCCGUCCACCCGGAGCCCCUGACGCCCGAUGAGCGCCGCGCCCUCUUCGACGAGUGCAUGCGCAACGUCGACGACCCGGCGUCGUAUCUCCGCUGGUGGUUUCUUGGCGCCGAGCUCGACGACAUCCGCCGCGACAACCUGCGCGACUUUUUUCUCUGGGCUUUCUUCGACGCCGCUGCGACGGACAGCGACGUCGUGGAUGAUGCUCGCGCGCAGCGGGAGCUGGACGGCUACAUAUCCGUCGUCGAGGGCCGUCUUGGGAGGCCGCUGCUGCCCGGCCGCGGGCCCGCCCAGGGCCUCCGCCUGACCCUCGACGACAUCAACACCACGUAUCGCGGCCUCGCCUGGUAUCUCGUCGUCUUUCUCGUCGACCAGGCCACCCAUGUCGUCAUGCUAUGGCACGGCUUCCGCUACUACCCGCGAUCGCCCUCGGCCACUCUCAGGACGUUUCCGCCUCGGCCGCAGGAGCUGCUGGCAAGGCAAAGGUCCUCGGCCCCCGGCUUAGGCUAUUGGUACCGCCCUCACUCGCAAGACGCCGCCGCAGCCGGGGAGCUACCCGUCGUCUUCUUCCACGGCAUCGGCAUCGGCCUGUGGACCUACGCGCGCUUCGUCGCCGAGCUACGCGGCGCAAACGCAGCGCGCGGCGUCAUGGUCCCCGAGCUGAUGCCCAUAUCCUUUCGUCUCGCGCCCCCGCCGCCGCCCAAGGCCGAGUUCCUGCGCCAGCUGACUCUUGUCCUGGCGCGGCACGGCCCCGCGUGGGACCGGUUUGCCCUCGUGUCGCACUCGUACGGCUCGGUGCUCACGACGCACGUGCUCUCAUGUCCGGAGCUGGAGGCGCGUGUCCCGUCGGCGGUGCUCGUCGACCCCGUGUCGGUGAUGCUGCACCUCCCGGACGUGGCCUACAACUUCACGCGGCGGCGGCCCCGCUCCGCCAACGAGUGGCAGCUGUGGUACUUUGCCAGCACGGACCCGAGCGUGGCGCACUGCCUGGGCCGGCACUUUUUCUGGCGCGAGAACAUUGUCUGGAAGAAGGACCUGCUGGGCGGUGGCCGGCGCAGGGCCGCCGUGACCCUGUCGGGCAGGGACCUGAUUGUCGACGCGGCGGCCGUGGCCGACUAUCUCGAGGGGCCAGCAGAGGCGACGGAAGACGGUGCGGCGCACAACAACAAUAACAACAAGGUCGAGGUCAUUGUCUUUCCCGACAUCGACCAUGCACAAGUGUUUGACCGCGCACGGGACCGCAGACGCGUUGUUGACGUUGUCGACGCGUACUGCAGACCGCAGCGAGGACGAGACGACAUGAUGAGAAAUUAG